AUGGCGACCCCUUCGCCGCCGUUUCGCCAUAGUGGGGAAACCAACACCACCAAAAUCCACCAAUCCGAGAUCACUUCCCUUUCGUCUUGCUCGAGUCUACUUUCCACGACCCCUUUGCCUCCGACAACAAUCUACGUAGUCCACCCAUCUGUUUCUCUUCCGCCGCCGACGAAUGCACACUCCUCCGACUCCGUUACCAUCGCCACUCCUGCCCCACGCCACCAAACCCUAACCUUAGCCCUCCCCAUCCAGCCCCGGCCGGGUUCCUCCGGCGGAGGCCGCGAGGAUUGCUGGAGUGAGGGCGCCACCUCAGCCCUAAUCGAUGCGUGGGGUGAGCAUUUCCUGGAGCUCAGCGGUGGCAAUCUCAAGCAGAAACACUGGCAGGAGGUUGCCGAAGUCGUCAGCUGCCACGACGACUAUACCAAACCUCUCAAAACCGAUGUCCAGUGUAAGAAUCGCAUUGAUACGCUUAAGAAGAAAUACAAGAUCGAGAAAUCUAAUAUCUCCGCCGCCGCCGGUACCGGCCUAUCCUUCUCCUCCUCCUGGCCUUUCUUUGACCGCCUUGACAUCCUCCUCGGCCUCAUCAUGAAGACCCCACCUUCCGCCGCCCCCGCCAAACAACCAUCUCCGGCUGCGGUGGCGACGAUCGCACGCUCCUAGUUCCCUCAGAAGCAACGAACUAGCAUGUCGAUGAAGAGGAAGGCCUCCUCGCUGCUAUUGCCGCCGGCCCCCACUUCCUCCACCUCCGACAGCCUCCCGUCGGUGACGCCAGAUACAGCGCCGUCUAAUAUACGGUGAAAACGAGCUGUUAUAGUGGGGAUGAAAGUGUUGAUGCAGGCAAUUCUGAAGUUUGGAGAGGUUUACCAGAGAGUUGAGAGCUUAAAGCUGCAACAAACAAUGGAGAUGGAGAAGUAGAGGCUAGGGUUUACCAGAGAGCUCGAGAAGCAGAGGAUGCAAUUUUUUAUGAAAAGCCAAAUGGAGCUUUCCCAGCUUAGACGCCACCUUCCACAUUCUAGUGUUGGAGGAGGAUGUAGUGGCGGCGUUAGUAGUAAUAACUACCUCCACCAUAGCCGGCGUGGCCACCAACAUUCAGCCGAGAACGGAAACAACAAUUUCAUCAACGGGUAGAAGAUGAUCUCGAUAAGGUUGGAGGCUCAUCUUCCUUGUAUCUGUUUCUUUUAUUAGUAGGAUUUGUAAAGGUCUCUCCUUUUUCCUAUUGAAGCUAUGGAAUUCUUAUGCUUUUACUUAUUUAUAGACAGAUUCAAUCACAGUUAUGUUCUUCAAUUCUACCCUGUUCGUAUUCGUAAAUUUCAAUGAAAGAUUCUUAGGAGAAGUCAGCUCUUCCUUCUGGUAUCG